AAAUGGGUUCCGGCAUUUGGGCCAUCACCGCCGAUUAACCAUAUCCAUCUCCGCCGCGCACCGACGGCGACGCCGCUGCAGCCUCCAUCUGCAACAUCCACCAAUCCUCUAAAAAAAACACGCAUACAAAUACACAAAAUUGCUCCAUUUUAUCUUCCUCAAUACGAAUUUCGUCUCCAUCAUCGGAAUUAACGGUGGUGGAUAAAAAUGUAUGAAUUCUGAACUUUCCGACCGGCGAAUAAUUUUUUCUACCCCCAUGCGAUUAGCUUAGCCUAAGCCAAUUUCCAUGGCCGGCAAUUGCAUUCUCAAUUCUCCAUUCUCACCCGCACCUCCUCCUCCGCUCCUAUUCCGCCCUAAUUUCCCAAAACCCAAAACCCUUGCCCGAAUUUCAUGUAAUUUGACUGAAACCCCAGAAACUAUCACCACAAAUGAAGAAGAAGAAAAAGAAGAAGAAUCAAAACUCAGGAAGGCACCAUUGGAUUUAGUCAAAUUCUCUGUAACACUAACUGUCAUUUCAGCCUCACUCCCGCAGCCCUCUUUAGCUGCGGCGAAAGUUUCCGAAAAGAAGCGUUUGGGGAAAAGGACUGAAGCUCUAACCCCUGAGGAGCUAGAGAAGUGGACAAAAGGGCUUCCUGUUGUAUCCCACAGACUUGGUUAUAGUGAAAUAUUGGAUAUGAAAAGGGAAAACAAGAUUAAGCACAUUGUUAAGCCGCCGAACGCGGGUUUAAAGCAGCGGCCGGAGGUAGUUUUGGUGGUUUUAGAGGAUAAUAAGGUUGUUAGGAGCGUGCUGCCUUCGGUCGAGAGUGAUCCGAAGUUUUGGCAAGAGUGGGAUGAGUUGAAAAUCGAUGGUCUCUGUAUGACUGCUUACAGUCCAUCUGUGAAAAACCCUGAUAUUCCGAAACCUUAUCUCGGGUUCUUGUCCAAAAUCCCGUUAUGGAUGUUUUCAUUGCUUAAGACCAAGCCUCAGUCGAAGAAGGCGUUGGAGUUGAAGAGGGUGAGAGAGGAGUUCAAGAGGAGGAGGAGCGACGAGCUGGCGAAGAUGAAGGAGGAUAGGGAGACGAUGGAAAAUGCCAUAAAAGCGCAGAAGAAAAUGGAGGAGAAGCAAAAAAGGAGGGAAAUGAAAAAGUUGAAGUACGAAGAGUCAAUACGGCAAGCGCGUAGGAGCUCAGACAGCAUGGCGAUAGUGUGGGAGAGAUUAGCUAGUGAUUCGAAUGUCUCCACUGCACUUGGGUUUGUCUUCUUCUAUAUAUUUUACCGAACUGUUGUGCUCAACUAUAGAAAGCAGAAGAAGGAUUAUGAUGAUAGGUUGAAAAUAGAAAAAGCGGAGGCUGACGAGAAGAAGAAGAUGAGGGAUCUUGAAAAGGAAAUGGCGGGGAUUGAGGAUGGUGAUGAAGAGGGGGAGGAAGGAGGAAAAGGGGAAGAUAAUCCUUACAUGAAAACAGCACAGCAGUUUAUGAAGUCGGGGGCUCGUGUGAGGCGGGCCCAACGUAAGAAGCUUCCGCAGUUUUUGGAAAGGGGUGUCGAUGUGAAGUUCACGGAUGUUGCAGGGCUUGGGAAAAUCCGACUUGAGCUUGAGGAGGUUGUGAAGUUUUUUACACAUGGGGAAAUGUAUCGAAGGCGUGGAGUUAAAAUACCAGGUGGUAUACUUCUUUGUGGGCCCCCCGGUGUGGGUAAAACAUUAUUAGCAAAAGCUGUGGCUGGUGAGGCAGGUGUUAACUUCUUCUCCAUUUCUGCAUCUCAGUUCGUCGAAAUAUAUGUUGGUGUCGGUGCUUCUCGUGUUCGAGCACUUUACCAAGAUGCAAGGGAAAAUGCUCCAUCUGUUGUUUUCAUUGAUGAACUGGAUGCUGUUGGUAGAGAACGUGGUUUAAUUAAGGGGUCCGGUGGACAAGAGCGUGAUGCUACUUUAAAUCAGCUUCUUGUGUGCCUCGAUGGGUUUGAAGGCAGAGGUGAAGUCAUUACCAUUGCCUCGACUAAUAGACCAGACAUUUUGGAUCCAGCACUUGUCAGACCUGGGAGGUUCGAUCGGAAAAUAUAUAUUCCCAAGCCUGGAGUUAUAGGCCGCGUUGAGAUUCUGAAGGUUCAUGCUCGAAAGAAACCAAUGGCCCCGGAUGUGGAUUAUAUGGCUGUUGCUAGUAUGACCGACGGAAUGGUCGGUGCUGAGCUGGCAAACAUCAUAGAAGUUGCUGCCAUAAAUAUGAUGCGUGAUAGCAGAACUGAGAUUACUACUGAUGACUUGUUACAAGCUGCACAAAUAGAAGAAAGAGGAAUGCUAGAUAGAAAAGACAGAAGCCCUGAGAUGUGGAAGCAAGUAGCUAUAAAUGAAGCAGCUAUGGCUGUAGUUGCUGUCAACUUUCCGGAUCUCCGAAAUAUUGAGUUUUUGACAAUUUCUCCAAGAGCUGGAAGGGAAAUGGGUUAUGUACGACUGAAAAUGGACAACAUGAAAUUUAAGGAAGGAAUGUUGAGCCGACAAUCUCUGUUGGAUCACAUUACAGUCCAACUCGCACCACGUGCAGCUGACGGACUUUUCUAUGGCGAACAUCAGCUGAGUACUAUCUGGGCAGAGACAGCAGAUAAUGCUCGUUCAGCUGCACGGACCUUAGUUCUUGGCGGCCUUUCUGAGAAGCAUUACGGCUUGAACAACUUCUGGACUGCAAAUAGGAUAAAUGAUAUUGAUUCAGAGGCACUGCGGAUCCUCGACAUCUGUUACGAACGUGCUAAAUCGAUUCUUGAGCAAAACCGAGGACUUAUGGAUGCCGUUGUCGACAAUCUUAUUGAGAAGAAGAGUUUAACCAAACAAGAAUUCUUUAACUUGGUUGAGUUACAUGGAUCUAUUCAAUCUAUGCCACCUAGUAUACUUGAUAUCAGGUCAGCAAAAUUAUUACAGCUGCAAAAUAUUAUUGCUGACGUGGAAGCAUCUCACCGUUGAAGUGUAUCCGCAUGCUUCUAUAAGCUUUCAGGCACGAAGAAAAUUUUGCAAUAUUAUGGUCGUAAAAGAUAGAGACGCGCUUCUUAUUGGUUGAUUUGAUUUCUCUUUGGUUAAUUUCUAAUCGUUGAGAACAGAAAUCGAGCUCGAAUUCGCCCAUUAAAGCCGGAAAGACGCAUGUUCGGGUACAUAGAAGGUUUAAGAGUUUAUUUUUUGUUGUAUAUUAUAUUAAUCUAGUCUUGACAGAAAAAUGCUAAGCUUAUUUAAUUGUAUGAUUAAAUAUUUCAUUUUUGUGAAACUCAAACUUGUUUUGUGGCU